AAUUCUAGUCCGAGACCACGCACUUGCGCAUCGAAAAGCUUCACUCGGUUGACCAUGGAGACGUCGUUGACACUUCGCAGGCGCUUAGAUCAUCCAAGGCGAUCGGAUUCAUCGUCUAGAUGUUCUUGAUCCAACUUGCCACUGCCUGCCUCUAUCGCCCACAAGAGUCUCUGCGAACAAACAUGGCUGACCGCGCAUUGAAUCAUCCUUCUGUGGACUGUUGGCUGGGUACCACCAUUGCCUACGUCCCCACUGCCUUGUUGGCUCUUGUGGUCCGGUCUCUCGCCAUGCGUUUCUGGUGUAUAUCAUAAGAGCUGCCCUCGAUAUCAUGGGCUCGUACGCCCUGCUUCCGCCGUCGCUCCAUCCACAAUGGGCUCGAUGGGAGUUAUCGAAGAAGCCAUGGCUCGAGUAGACGCCAAGUACGCCGAAGAACGUCAGAAACGCUUGCGCCCAGAGGGUCUGGCGCAGUUUGAAGAUAUAGCGAAAUCUCAGAAGUUUCAGCAUUUUGGCGCGGACCCGUGGGCCGACAGCAAGACCAAUAAAUACCUCCAAGCCGGGCAAUCUAUCACGGUCCCGGAUAACUCGCACUUCAAGGUGAUUGUUACUGGUGCAGGCUAUGGCGCACUACUGUUUGCUGUGAGGUUGAUGACCGAGGCCGACUUUCAGCCAGAAGACUUCCUCUUCGUGGACACAACAUGGGGGUUCGGCGGAACCUGGUACUGGAACCGCUACCCUGGCCUGAUAUGCGAUGUUGAAAGUGCCUGCUACAUGCCUCUUCUCGAAGAAACGGGAUAUGUCCCCAAGCACAGAUACUCGUAUGGGCAAGAAUUAAGGGCGCAUGCGGAAUUGAUCGCGGCAAAAUACAAACUCGAGCAACGAGCCCUGUUUGGAUCAUCCGUCAAAAGCGCCCGCUGGGACGACUCGGCCGCGGAAUGGGUCUACGAUGUAACAAGACAAACUCCGACUCAGCCCGAGCAGACCUUGACUCUACGAUCGGACUAUUUCCUGCUCGCCUCAGGCCUCCUGAAUCGACCGAAGCUUCCUCGACUGCAGGGUCUCGACUCCUUCAAGGGUCAUGUGUUCCAUACUGCGCGGUGGGACUAUGACUAUACUGGUGGGAGUCAAGAGAGCCCCGUCCUUGACGGCCUGAAGGACAAGAGAGUCGCCAUCAUUGGGACAGGAGCGACCGCCGUCCAAGUCGUGCCGGAACUGGCAAAGUGGGCGCAACAUCUAUAUGUUGUUCAAAGAACGCCUUCCGCUGUCGACCAGCGCGGGCAGCGAGCCCUCACGCCCGAAGAGUUCUCGUCGAUCUCGAGUCAGAGAGGCUGGCAACGAGCCCGCCGAGAGAAUAUGGCGGCAUUCUCAAGCAACCUCCCCAAUCUGCCGUCUGAGGAUUUGGUCAAGGACGGCUGGACUUCUUUUCCGUCCUUCUCAGCCCUGUUAGGGUCGCCCAGGGCCACGGGUGUGAAUGUACAAAACGUCGCUGAAUACGUCCACUACCUCCGGCAAGUCGAUUUUCCUCGACAAGAGGGGAUACGAGCCAGAGUGGACGAGAUCGUCAAAGCCCCCAAAGUGGCAGACUCACUGAAGCCAUGGUAUUAUGGAUGGUGCAAGCGACCCUGCUUCCACGAUGAGUAUCUGGGGACCUUUAAUCUUCCGAACGUGCAACUCCUGGACACGGACGGCCGUGGCGUGGAUGGUUUGACCGAAGGAGGCAUCAUCGUCGAUGGACAAGAGCACGAAAUCGACUUGCUGAUCCUGAGUACCGGCUUCGAGUCGUUCACGGUUGGAAGCCCGGCUUUCCGAGCCGGUCUCACGAUUACUGGCCGCGACCAAAAGUCGAUGGAGGACAAAUGGGAUGAUCAUCCUGGCACUUUACAUGGCAUCCUCACGCGAGAUUUUCCCAAUUUGAUCCUCCCGGGACCGAGACAGGCUGGAAGCUCGAGCAAUGUCGUCUUUUCCAUGGAUGUACUGGCCACUCAUCUUGCGUACAUCUUUCGCACGGCGAGGGCGGCAGGGAAAAGGGAAGACGAGGGGAAAAAGCUGGUCCUACAACCGACGGCGGAGGGUGAAGAAAACUGGGGUCAGCAAGUCAUCGCAAACGCAUAUGCGUACGCGGGUCUGCCUUCGUGCACGCCAAGUUAUAUCUCGGCUGAGGGUCGAGUAGCACAGACGCCCAAAGAAAAGGAGAACGCCGCCAGGUCCGCCGGCUGGGGGAAGGGCAUUCUCGAUUUCAUGGAGGUCAUUGCGGCGUGGGAGGCCAAGGGUGAUCUAGACGGCGUGGAAGUCCGAUUCGUUUAGAAGGAACCUAUAUCGCUGUCGCUUGGGUGUAUCUGGGAAAGAUAGCUUUGUUGAGUUGACACGACAUCUCCUGUGAGAGCACGAGGUUUGAGGAAUGAUGUUACCGG